GGCCCGCCCCGGUCCUUGUCCGUCCCUUCCUCCAUUACUUGGGGUCGGGGCCGGGCUGAGGGCGAGCAGCCCGGCCGCCCGGGGCUCAGGGCAAGGGGGAACAUGGGCUUCUUCCCACGCUGCGCGCUGCGGAGCCUCCUGGGCCGCGGUCGCGUCCAGGGCACUAGCCGCACCUUGGGCACGAGGCAGCUGCUCCUGUCCCUGCCCCACGGAGGAGUGCCUAGCGCUAUUCUGCUCCGCUACAACACUGGGGGACUUACUAGAACCCAGGAACGGACGCUGAUUGCAGUAAAGCCAGAUGGUGUUCAGCGGAGGCUGGUUGGAGAUGUCAUCAGGCGCUUUGAGAGACGAGGGUUCAAAUUGGUGGGCAUGAAGCUGCUUCGGGCCCCAGAGAAAGUCCUUGCUGAGCAUUACCAUGACCUAAAGACGAAACCCUUCUAUCCAGACUUGAUCAACUAUAUGAGCUCUGGUCCUGUGGUUGCUAUGGUCUGGGAAGGGUACAAUGUGGUCCGUACCUCUAGGGCCAUGGUAGGAGACACUGACUCAGCAGAAGCUGCCCCGGGGACAAUUCGGGGAGACUUCAGCGUUCACAUCAGCAGGAAUGUUGUCCAUGCCAGCGAUUCGGUGGAAGUGGCCCAGAGGGAGAUCAGCCUGUGGUUUCAUAGCAGUGAGCUGGUGGACUGGGACUGUUGCAGUCAUAGCAACCUGUACCACAUGUGAGGGAGGGUCUCAGCCCACCUCCCACCCACACGGACUAAGGACCCAGGAAUAACUACCUCUGCCAGUGAGAAUGCUAUGUUCUUCCCUUCCUUCCUGUCUGAGCUACCUGCCACCCCCGUCCACCACAGAGACCUCUCUGAUGCCAAAUUAUGUGCCUUUUCACUCCAUGCCCCAAGCCAUCCAAGGACUGAGUCUAGUCCUUCCCUCCACCACAGUGCCAGUCAACCUUGAGGGUGAUCGCUUGUAACCAGAGAUAAUGAUGACUGUUAAAGGAGACACAUUAAAAUUCAGUCUGUAACUUGAUAAUA